CGAUGUGGUGGUGGCACCCUUUUUGAGGACUCAGGACAAUUUUUUGGGUCUUUUUUUUUUUUUUUCCCACCCUUGCUCUAAAGACCACAGCAGAAAAUGAGACAUUUUUCCCCACUUUUUUGGUCAAAGUUAAAUCCAAACAGGCAAAUUUCAGCUAUUUCUGUGAAUAUUUCCUCAUUAAAUUAAUACAUUCUUCAACUUGAAAUUUUACAAAAUAUUCUAAAAAUAUAUUAAAUCUACAUCUUAGAUUACAUUCAUGUUAAUGAGAAGUAAAACAAGCAAGAGUUGUUAAUAUUAAAACUUUAUACUAAAGGCCGUUUCUAUCCCACUUGGCCAGUUUCGGGUCCGAUUCCGUGUCGGCUAUCUGAACCUGUUUCAGGCCUCGAGCAUCGUAAGUCUCGCCAUGCGAUCGGUCACUCCCAGUUGUCAAAACAAAGUGAUAAAAAAAGAAAUCAAUAAAAUAACUGUUGCAAACUAAGUCUAAGAUCAAUAACUGAAUUGUAAGCAAAAUCUCAUGUCAACUGGCUGACUUUGUGUCCAUUUUAAGCUUUGUCGUACAUUGUAAGUUUUGUUGUGCGACUAAUCGCUCCCAAACUCUUGUACCGUUCAGGCUAGCACUCCACGACGUUUAUCUCAAACCAUAUGAAGAUUUUUCGUCAUCUUGUCCAUGUAAAGUAGGUGAAUAGUUGUCAUUUUGUUCUUUUUAAUAUUCGUCGUUCCCUCUUCUUGAUUUUGUUUUGACGUUCUUAAACUGUUCGUACUACUGACGCUUAGAACAUACUAAAAUUUAAACUACAAAACUGGAUUAUGUACAUGUUCUGAGAAUUGAAAGAUCGAAAACUCCUGACAUAUUACCUAUUUAUUAAUUUCUGGGCGACCCUCAUCCGUAUCAUCUCUUUUGACUUAAUUAUAAUCGCGUAGAAAUACAAUUUUAAAAAUUUACCCCAGGAGCCAUUUUCACUUCACAACCUGAAAUUGGAUAGCCAGGAGACAUUUUAGCCCCAAAAAGUUGAAAAAUAUGGACUUUUUAGUAGUUAGCUCUGGCUUCUUGGAGUCUGGAUUAUUUUCACUGAUAUUGUUGGUGUUCUGAUUACUUUUUUGUUUGACGUGAGGAAUCAUGGAUUCGCUUCAGAACAGACCCAUGGACUGGACCUCGUCCAGGCCUAGCUUCCCUCCCCUGCAGGACAGACUCAACAGCACGCACGGACUCGGUCUGGGCCCGGGCAUCCCGUCCUCCGACGAACUGUCCGACCUGAAGAGCAUGCUCCUUUGGACCCUGCACGAGCCGAGCACCAUCGCAUUGACGCUCAUGUACACCCUCUCCUUCCUGCUCGGCUUCGUGGGCAACCUGAUGUCCCUGCGGGUGCUCACCAACCGCCGAAGCCGGGGUCUGGCGGGCGUCAGCGCCACCCGCAGCCUGCUGGUCAACCUGGCUGUCUGUGACCUGGCCGUGGUGUGCGUGUGCAUGCCCGUCACGCUGGCCAGUCACAUCUACACCGCCUGGGUGUACGGAGAUCUCUUGUGCCGCGCCGUUCCUUUCACGCAGGCCGUCUCGGUGUCGGCCAGCGUUCUGACGCUCACCGUGAUCAGCGUCAACCGCUAUUACAGCGUCCGCUCGCCGCUCAGGGCGCGAUCCAUGUUCACCCGCCGACGCAUCCUGGCCACCGUCGCUGUGGUGUGGGCGGCCUCUUCCGCCAUGUGCGCCCCCAUCGCCAUCAUGAACCGCCGGCAAGAGAUCAGCUUCGAGACCUUUGCCAUUCUGGUCUGUAAGGAGGAGUGGCCCAAGCCUCGCCUAAAACAAGGAUACAACGUGUUGCUGUUUGCGAUGCUCUACUGCCUUCCGGUCCUAUUCAACCUGACCAUUGGCUUCCUGACUGGUCGGCGUCUGUGGGGCGGCACCCGGUCCGAUUUUGCCGACUUGGAUCCACGCAGCCAGGCCCUGCAUGUCUCUCGCUUGAAGACCCGGCAGAAGAUCGCCAAAAUGGUGGUGUGCCUAGUGCUGCUGUUCGCCGCUUCGUGGCUUCCACUCUACGUGGCCGACCUGUGGAUCGACUGUGAGCUCCAGCCGCCCCCCUGGCUCCUCCAGACCCGACCAUUCGCCCAAUGGUUGGGUCUCACCAACUCCAGCCUCAACCCUAUCUGUUACUGUUUCAUCGGGGACCUCUACCGUUCUGUCAAAGUGAUAAGGACACGGUAUUACCAGAAGGUGGCUGCCCUCUUCGGGGGUGCCUCCUUUGUCACUUCAGGGGUGGAGGGCUCCCCGUCCGCAGCCGGCACCUUGGAGCGAAACCGCAUGGCUGCGGCUGUCAGCGUCUCCGCCUCGGUGGCGACCAUUCCUCGCCUGUUGAGCUUGGCCCGAGCUAAGAGCCUCAGCCAGAGGGUCUCAGACAACCGUGAUGGAUCCGACCAAAGCAUCUCAGACUGGUUCAGGUCCAGCCCGAGUGUGUGCGAAACUAACAGUGCCCUUUUCCCCUGCCAGUGGCGCACUUGCGAUUCAACCCUCGAUCCCUCCCUCGGUCUCUUUCGUCUUGACUUUCUGCCUCCCCGGAGACACUCAGCCUACGACAACUUUGGGUCAUUACCCCCGAGAAUAGAGUCCGAAGUAGGCACACUGCCAGCGAGGAGGCACUCAGGAGACAGACUGUUCGCUGCGUGUUGUGAUACGAAGACAAAGCAUUAACUACCCAUAGUUUCCCACUGAUGUUGUUUGUUGCAUCACCAUUCGAAACUGACUUUGUCAAGGCUUGCAGUCCAAAGAUGCUCAUGGAAAUCAAUGUUAUGAUCAGCAAAGCCAGGAAUCAAUAGAAACUUCCGCAGAACGCAGUGAUUUAGCAUAAACAAAAAAAUGCGGAGAACAUUACUUGUGUCCAAAAGGUCAUUUUGGUAAAAUGUCACAAGGUUUAACAUGAUUUAUUUAUUUUUAAAAUCAUCCACAGAAACAAGCAAUCAUUGGAAACAAUUUUUGUCGCGACAGGCGUUGCUCGAGCAUCCCAGAAACAGUCUUCACGCGGCACUCGAGAACCCCAAAGACACAGAGUAUGAAACUAGCGAGUGAGAUACGGUCGUUAUGGUUAAAACACACACAGAGUGCCACUUUGCCAAUGACAACUUUGGGUCAUUACCCCUGAGAAUGGAGACUUGAAACAGAUCUUUUCCCUGUCGGGAGCCGCUCAAGUGACAGCCUAUCCAGUGCAUGUCGGGAAUAUAAGACAAAUCAUUACCGACGGGACGGUGCUUGGCCAGACCAAAUCUGCUGAGAAUAGAGCUGGCGGAAUGAGCGGCGCAUGGAAGUUGAUUGUUUCACAUCAAUGUUAUCUAUUAAACUCCUCGAGGAAGUCAGGAAUCAUUUGUAACAGUCUUUGAUGCAAGGGGCGACAUUUGAAUGUCCCAAAGAGACGGAGAAGGAAACUAAUGGUUUUUGGUGAAAUGUCACAAUGUCUUUGUCUCUGCUGGCGGUCCGCGGGCAGCCCAUAGACGCUGAAAAUGAAACUCGGAGUAUGAACAGCAUGUCAAAUAUGAUUGUUCUGAUCAAAUCUCAGAAGGUAUCCUACAUACAUUCUUCAAUGUGUUAAAUCCCCCACGGAUCCCAGGAUGGCUUUGUCACAACAGGCAGCGCUCAGACAUCCCAAAGGGUGCUUCCUGGUCUUAGAAAAUGGAAAUGUCAAGUGAAAGCUGAUUAUUAUGGUACAAUGUCAAAAAAUACAAAAAUAAAAAAAUCACUGGUGCAGUGAGGUGGUUCCGAUACGGGGGAUGAUCAAGCAUCCUAAAGAUCCCAAAAGAUGCUCUCUGGUCACAGAAAACAAAGUUUCCUUGUUUUGAUAAAAUGCCAAAGUAUCACACUUCUUCUUUUCCUUUCGGCUUGUCAUGUUAGGGGUUGCCACAGCGCGUCAUCGCAUAUGAACGCAUAUUUGUUUGGCACAGUUUUACGCCGGAUUCCCUUCCUGACGCAACCCCUCUCCAUUUAGCCGGGGAGAGAAGCUCACAGCACCUGGUAUUCCCAGGUGGUCCCUUGUCCAAGUACUAACCAGGGCCAAACCCGCUUAGCUUCCGAGAUCGGGCGU